AUGUGCAAUCCCAAUGCCCAUGCCACCGCCUUUGAGGCUCGAGUGUGGCUAUCUGUCAAGACAGGGGGCAUGUCGGUGGCGACUGAGGCCAAGCUGAGUGCCUUCAGGGCCGCGCUGGAGGCUUAUUUUGAGCAGUUGCGCACCUCCAAGACUGCCGCUGUCAAGACGGCGGAGGCCAGCGCCUCUUCCUCCACGGACAGUGAGGAGGAAGAGCUCAAGCCGCAGCCCGUAGACCAGGCUAAGGACAAGCUGUACAUAGGGUUCCCAAAGGGCGACUACAAGCCCCGGCGGGGGCGAACGGGUCGCAUCGUGGUGGAUGACCCGAGCCUCUACCCCGACCGUGACGCGCUGGGCAUCGGGGGCUGGGCGGGCGGCGAAGUGGGCCUCCGCGCUUUCCUGGAGCGCUCCGGCGACGUCGCGCGGUAUGAGGACGCACCGCUGGAGACGCCGCUGGCCGCCUCCCCGCCCCGCCCCGCCCAGGACCCCUUUGCCGGGAACGACCGCAUCUACGUCGGCCGCGGGCGCUGGAUCACCGCCGACGCGCGCAAGUUUCCCUACCGCGACGCGUUCUCCGGCGGCUUCGCCGGCGGCGAGCUGGGCGUCCGCACCUUCCUGGAGCGCGGCGACGUGCCCAUCGGCCCGCCUGGGCCGCGCCGGCCCUCGGCCCUGACCAUCGCCAGCACCGUGGCCGCCGCGGGCACAGUCAGCGCGCUGCUGAUCACCGACGCUGAGGAGGUGCUGCCGGGCGCGCUGCGCACCGUGGCCGUCCCCCUGCGGGCGGGGGUGACGGGCCUGACCACGCUGGACGACGGCACCAAGCACGCCCUCCAGAUCGCGGGAGUGGGCGUGGGCGCCGUCCUGGGCGCCGUAGCCCUGUCCAGACUGGUGUCCACGCUGACUGGGAAGCUGGCAGCGGGACUGCAGCGCGUGGCGGUCACGCUGCUCUUCAGCGCCGCCUUCCUUGCCGCAGCCGGGUAUGUCCUGGAGCUGUACUGA